AUGAAGGCACAAGGAUUGAAGCGAACCUUAACCACCUAUGAAAAGAUCUUGAACCAACCGGAAGAUCAGUUUUUGUACUUGAUGUGGCAGCGUCAUCAAUCCAAACCAUCAACCAGCAUACUAAUUGGAAUUCUCAAAGUUGGCAAGAAGCACCUCUACUUGACAGACGAAGAUCAAAGGAAAUUUGAGGAGGAGCCACUGUGUAUUUUGGACUUCUAUGUGCAUGAUUCUGUUCAAAGGCGAGGGAAUGGACAUUAUCUGUUUGAGUACAUGCUUAGGCAAGAAUCGACAUCACCCAACGCAAUAGCUAUCGAUCGACCGUCUGAUGCAUUUUUACAAUUUUUGUCGAAAUAUUACGGACUAUCAAAGCCUGUGUGGCAGGCGACGAACUUUGUGGUGUUCCCAGAGUUUUUUGAAGGCAGAAAACCAGUCAAUGGUUACGAUAAGAGCGGACAUAGUGCAGCACGAAGUGAAAAAUUUGGAGGUAGAAGGACAAAUACCGAACGUACCAGUACGGUAACAGACAACGCCGUUGAUAGCGUAGCAGGUCUACUGCAUGGCGACACGACUCCGGAACUUCGACGAAUUGCCGCUCCGGACACCCCACUAGAUCGAAAGAAUAGGAGAGACUUUGGACAUCAGAGCAUUUGGUAG